AUGUACCACAGAAAGAUCUAUCGGGGAAAUGAGUCCGUCAUAUGCCGUAUCUUCAGCCGUGAAGACAAGAUAACGGUGAAAGAGUUGCUCAAUCCUCCGAGUGGGACUAAGGUGAUUGAAUACGAGCUGCAGAACAGAGAAGCAGAGAUAGAUAAAUUGAGGAAAGAGAUCAAGAGCUUGAAAAAGCGCGAUAGAAGUCCAACCCAAAGCCACCACAAUGGUUCGCCCAAUGGUUCGGCCACCAACAGCCCGUCCAGAAAGAAACAAGUAGAGCGAAAGCAUACAGAAAGGUAAGAAAAGAUAUGCUCUUUGGAAGGGAAGUCAGAUUUGCAGUCUGUGCGGGUUAGCCGUGACAGAUAUUAUAGCGGACAACUGGAUAGUGUUCUUGAUUAUGCCAAAUCAUGCAAGCAAUUGAAGAUAGUAAAUGAAAAGCCAUAGUUGUGAGAAA